AUGGGUGAUUUAAGUGUUGUGAACGAACCACCCGGGGCCAAUGAUGUCAGAGAGUUUUACCAAGAUUCUACAAUCAUGCUAACCGGUGGAACAGGAUUCAUUGGCAAAGUGUUACUCGAAAAAUUGUUGCGAUGUUUCGAGGUGAAAACGGUAUUUUUGCUGAUACGGGAAAGGCGCAACAAGACGGCAGCUGAGCGUCUCGAGGAGGUUUUUGAAGAUGUGAUAUUCGACACGAUUAAAGCGUCUCCUAAUGGAGGAAAGACUCUCCUUGCGAAAGUGGUCCCGAUUGAGGUUAAUUUUCAGUCGGAUGUAGUCAUAUCACCUGCAGAUCACCAUCGAUUACUUGCGGCACAAGUGGAGAUUGUGUUUAACGUGAUGGCGUCAGUGAAGUUCAACGAAGACAUCGAAACGGCUAUCGAUACGAACGUACUCUCUUCGCGUAAGCUGUUCCUGCUUGCACAGCAACUUCCGCACAUCCGGUCCAUCAUACAUGUUUCGACAUUUUACUCCAACUGUCACCGAUCACACAUCGAAGAACGCAUUUACGAGGACUUACCGUUCGGAGGGUUCGAAAACAUUCUUGGUCUUUUCCGCCAUCUAACGCCAGAAGAGAAGGAUCGUUUGAAACCAAUCAUUCUUGGCCCAAUGCCCAACAGCUACACGUUCAGCAAGCGUUGUGCUGAGGUAAUGAUCCAGCAACAGUUUGGCCAGCUUCCGAUCGCCAUCUUUAGGCCACCGAUAGUAACAUCCGCCUACCGGGAGCCAACGCCCGGCUGGGUAAACAACUUCAACGGCCCAGCGGGAAUGGUGGUGCCGGUGAUACGUGGCCAAAUUUACUGGUGCUACGGAAUGGCCGAUGCCACAGUUCAUAUGGUUCCGGUAGAUUACUGCGUCAAUGCACUGCUUGCCGUUGGAUGGGAUAACAGCCAACGGAAACGGUUAGGUAACCCUAUCACUGGAGAGAUUGUCCCGGUGUACAACUACGCUUUUCAGGAAAAUGUAUUCCAAAAUCGAGAUGUUGGGACACUACUUGCGCUUGGAAUCAAUUCUACUCUUGGAAGGAUAUUUGGUCGUUACACCAUCCAUAUCACCUCUUCAACCUUUAUGAGGAAACUGUUCAUCCAUUGGUUGCUGCUACAAGCCUGCGUCGUAGACAUCUGCAACAAAUUUUUCGGCAAAAAAGCAAAAAACUUUGAAACUAUUAAACGAGUGGUAGCCCUGGAGGACUCUACUAGUUACUUUCGUUGCCAUUCUUGGACAACAGAAAACCGCAAUAUCCGCACAUUGUGGGACCGAUUGACGGCAGAAGAGAGACAACUACUACCGUUCGAUGUCGAAACGCUUGACUGGAAGGAUUAUUUCCGGUUUUUCGUAAACGGUGUAGCUGCCGCACUAAACCGACACUCGUUAGCCAGACAACGGAUGCAAAAGCAUUAA